AUGCUAGGGUUGUUUGAACAUGUGAAGGGCUUUUUGGAAAACAAAAUUAUUCUUAAAAGAGGAUUAUUUCAUAAACCUCUGAUAUAUUUUAGGUAUUUUGAAUGGACAAAAACAUAUACAAAUCGGAAAUUUGGUUUUGAUUAUUCACCAAUAUGCAAAAUAUGUGAAUAUGCUACAAAACAAUUUGAAGGAGAUAGAAAAAAUAUAUUAAAUUUGGAUAAAUUUUGGAAUGUAAAUGAUUGUAAUAAAUUUGAUGUUGAGAAAUUUUUGAAAAAUAAAUAAUAAUAAUUGAGAAAUGAAUUGAAAAUGUAAGAUAUGUUGGGUGCCGAUACGGCCUUCAAAACAAAUCCAAAAAACAAAUAAAAAAACUACAAAAAGAAUUAAAAA